AACCCGUGCUACAACUAGUGCUACAAACCCAUUGUUACCUAAACAAAAGAUCAUGAACAAUUACUUACGAAUGAGCUUAGAACUAUGAAGUUCCUCAAACAGGGUACAAAGGCACAAACCACCAUGAGGUAAGCUUCGCCAAAAAAGAUUAAUUAACUUCCUGCUAUUUCUCCUUCUUUGCUAUCUUAAAUAGGUAAAUUCCAUGCAUUACUUUAACAGAGCGCCCUCUAAUGCUCAAGUGAGUAAUGACAGUGCAGCUCUAAGAGGACUUCCGGUACAUAAGUAACAGAGAAACUGUUACAACCAAAUCUGUUUUGCAAAUUAUAUUAUACAGUGUUAUACCACAGGGCUGUUGAAUGCUUGAAUCUGAUUGGCUGACGAACGUUUUCAGGGAAACGCACGGCGAACGUAGUUCCAGGCAGCUCUUGACCUCAUUACAUGACCAUAUCACUUUGCCAAAUGAUUUCUGUUAUUUCAAAGGUCUUACAACAGCAAAAUAACCAAAACCCACAACGACACUGGGACAAACAAAUAAAUAUAGUAAACAAAAGGAUAAAAACGACAGAUCAUGUCCAGGUUUUUGCCACAAAAUUGAAUGAAUAAAUGAAUGAGGCAUUUAUAUAGCGCUUUAUUGUGUAUUGCAAUACACCCAAAGUGCUUUACAAUCAUGUGGGGGGGUCUCUCCUCAACCACCACCAGUGUGCAGCAUCCACUUGGAUGAUGCGACGGCAGCCACAGGACAACGGCGCCAGUGCACUCACCACACACCAGCUACAGGUGGAGAGGAGAGAGAGAUAGAGCCAAUCAAGUGGAUGGGGAUUAUUAGGAGGCCAUGAUUGACAAGGGCCAGUGGCGGGAAUUUGGCCAGGACACCAGGGUUACACCCUACUCUUUACGAUGAGUGUCAUGGGAUUUUUAGUGACCACAGAGAGUCAGGACCUCGGUUUAACAUCUCAUCCGAAAGACGCUUUAUUAUGUGUUUCUAAACCAGCUCUGACUGUUAAACCUCAGAGUUCAGUCUUUACUGGAGACUCAGUUACUCUGAGAUGUGAGGUGAUUCAGUCACAGAAUGGAUGGGAGUUUCUCUGGAGAAAAGACUCAAACCCUGAAUCUACUGGAGCUGCAACUAAAACAAUCAAACCUGUGACAGUCUCUGAUGGAGGAGAGUACAGCUGCAGAGCACGAAGAGGAGGAUAUUACACAGAUUACAGUAAACCAGCAGCAGUAACAAUAUACGGCAAACCAAAACCCAAAGUGACCAUUAAACCUCUACAUGUGUUCAGAGAAGAGACAGUCACUCUCAGAUGUGACAUAUAUGCUGAAGGAGUCACUAGCUGGAGCUACAGAUGGUAUAAAGAAGGUUUAAGCAGAGUUUUCAGUGAAUUACAGGAACACACAUUCAGUUCUGUUACUGAGUCUGACGCAGGUAAAUACUCCUGUAAAGGAUCAGAGACAGAAGGAUCACGCUGGUCACAAAUGAGUGAUAAAGUUACACUGACAGUAUCAGAUCCCAAAGCAGUUUUGAGUGUUUCUCCUCAGAAGUGGUUGACUGAAGGAGAUCCAGUGACUCUGAUCUGUGAGGUUCACAGCUUCUCUACAGGCUGGACAUUCAGCUGGUUCACUUUAACUGACUCAGCAGAUCAGUAUAAUCUGCUCUCAGACAGCAGCAGAGGAGCAGGAGGAAACUACACUGUCAGUUCUGCUGUAAAUCACACAGGAGUUUAUGUGUGCAGAGCAGAGAGAGAGAAAUCAGUCUAUAAAACACAGCACAGCAACACACAGCAGCUGUGGGUCACUGGUGUUUCUCCUCCAGUCUCUCUGAUCGUCAGUCCCAGCAGAACUCAACACUUCACAUCUGUCUCUCUCUCUCUGAGCUGUGAGGACCAGAGUAACUCUACUGGAUGGAGAGUGAGAAGAUACACAGACAGUGGACGGCUGGAAGAUUGUUCUUCAUUACGUCGAGGAUCACAAACAGGAUCUACAUGUACAAUCAGACCCACCAAUGCAUCACACACUGGAGUGUACUGGUGUCAGUCUGAAUCUGGAGAGAAACAUCAUCCUGUUAAUAUCACUGUACACUCUGGUGUGAUUCUGGAGAGUCCUGUUCAUCCUGUGACUGAAGGAGAUCAUCUGACUCUACGCUGUUUAUAUCGACACACAACCGCUCCAAACCUCAGAGCUGAUUUCUAUAAAGAUGGAUCACUCAUCCAGAAUCAAACUACAGAGAUGAGCAUCACUACUGUCUCAAAGUCACAUGAGGGUUUCUACUCCUGCAAACACCCAGAGAGAGGAGCGUCACCCAAGAGCUGGAUCUCAGUCAGAGCUCCCACAGACUCAAGAUCUGAUGGUCUCAAACCCAUGAUAAUUGGAGUCACUGCAGGACUGACUCUCACAGUUUUCAUCAUUGUCUUGCUCCUGCUGUGGCGCUACAGAAACAACAAAGGUGGCAGAUCUCAGUCUCCCUCUUCUGUCAGUCAACAGCAGAUCAGCAGUCAGACAUCAGACCAGAACCAGAGUGAAGCCGGAUACAACACACUGCUGUCUGCCGCCUGCUCUCGCCUACAUUUCAGGCGAGGCGCAUCUCAAACAAGCCUAUUGUGUGAUGAGGGUACAGCGAACCAGUGUUGCCAGGGUGGCAGAUCUCAGUCUCCCUCUUCUGUCAGUCAACAGCAGAUCAGCAGUCAGACAUCACACCAGAACCAGAGUGAAGCCGGAUACAACACACUGCUGUCUGGAACUGCUCAGUUUUAUGACACUGUUUAUGCAACUGUUAAUGAUGACAGUGUAAGUGAGUCUUCUGAACACAUGUAUGCUGAGAUUGAACUGAAAUCUACAACGAAACAGAAGAAAAACAAAGAGAAUGAAACGGAGAGUUCUGACUGCCUUUACUCUAAACUUGCACUGCAAACAGAUCAAGGUGCUGGAUCUAGUGAAGCGACAUAUGUUCAAGUUAAAUAAAAAUAUGGCAUGAGAAGAAACUUUCAAUCCCAGGAUACUGAUGAGAUUCUGCUGAGAAGGGCUGAAAAUGACACGAUCAUCAAUGAUCAAUAAUACGGUUUAUUGAGCACCUGAUGGCAAUAGAUUUAUCAGCACUUAAUAUUAGUGAUUCAAACCAUCAUGUGCGUCAGAAAGUUUGCAUGCUAAUAUUUGAUUAUGCAUUGGAGGGAAAAAUAAGAAUGAUAACCCUAUGGUUUAGUAACACAGUGUGUAUUGGCUUAUUGGUUGAUACUAGCAAAGGCAGUAGAUUAUUAUUUGACAAUUGAGAGAACAGAAUAUUAAAUGUAAGGCCAUUUCUUUUCUGACUGUUGAGUAAGUAAACAAGUUUCCUUUCCCUGGAAAUAUUAAAGGGUUAGUUCACCCAAAAAUGAAAAUUAGCCCAUGUUUUACUCACCUUCAAAGCGUCCCAGGUGUAUAUGACCUUCUUCUUUCAGACGAAUCCAAUCGGAGUUAUAUAUAUUUUUUUUUCAACGAUCCAAAAGUAGUCUUUUCUCUCAUUUCCGCUAAAUGUAGUGCGCAGAAGCCGUUCCGUAUGGAUGGUGUAGGACGUAUGCGCAGCGCUUGCGGCGGUGAUUAGAGACGAACACAGAAGAACAGCGGAGAGACAGCAAAACAAAACGCCAUCACGAAUUAGAAGCACAAAACGAGGAUUUGUAAAGAAGAAUGUCGGGGGAUUUCAAUACAAGCCAAGAGGAGACUGGUUUUCCUUUGCUAAAGUAAGCAAACUUUGCUUCCUUUUCUCCUGUAAACAAACUCACGAAACUAGAAUAUCUCACCGACGCAUACGUCCAUCCGCCGGAACGGCUUACACAAAUGACAAUUAGCGAAGUGAAAGAAAAGUGUUUAUAACGUUUUAAAUAUUGAUAUUUUUCUCACAAAAAUACAUUGAUUUACUACAGGAAGCCUUUAUUCACCCCCGGAGCCAUGUGAGGUAUGUUUUAUCACGGAUGGAUGCGCUUUAUUUCACUACUUUUGGACUGUUGAAAAAAAACACCCGCCUCCAUAGCGUCCUGAAAGUAGUGACUUGUGAAUAUACAACAGCGCGAAUCAAUGGGGCCAAGCCUUCUACUAUUGAUGCUUGGCAGUGUUUUUUCUUUAACAUACUCGAUUAUAUAAUGGAAUUACUUGUUUUUUUUUUUCUCCCUCUCUCUCUCCUUUUUGACUAGACUUGAAUUGUUGAUUUGUAUGGAUGUUGUUUUGUUUGUUUUGAAUGGAUGUUGUGAUGUUAUGUAGGAAGAUUAAUAAAAAGUUGAUGACAAAAAAAAAAA